AUAUAUAUAUAUAUAGAGAGAGAGAGAGAGAGAGAGAGAGAGAGAGAGAGAGAGAGAUUUGUUUCUUUCUUUUUGGCUAAUUAUUAGAUCUCAUGACGCUGGAGGUGAAGUUCACCAAGCUCUUCAUCAAUGGCGACUUCGUUGAUGCAAUCUCUGAAAAGACAUUCGAGACAAGGGAUCCGCGCACAGGAGACGUGAUAGGGAGGGUGGCUGAAGGUGAUAAAGAGGACGUGGAUUUGGCCGUGAAGGCAGCUAGGAAAGCCUUUGACCAUGGCAAGUGGCCUCGCAUGUCCGGCUAUGAAAGAGGGAGGAUCAUGAUGAAGUACGCGGACUUGAUUGAUCAACAGAAAGAAGAACUGGCCAAACUCGAGUGCUUAGAUGCAGGGAAGUUGUUGGCUCUAACCAAAGUUGUCGACAUUGAGGGAUCAGCUGACAUGCUGCGAUAUUACGCUGGAGCAGCUGAUAAGAUCCAUGGUGAGACAUUAAAGAUGGCUGGAAAUCUUCAUGGGUACACAUUGCGCGAGCCUAUCGGAGUAGUCGGCCACAUUAUACCGUGGAACUUCCCCUCCCUUAUGUUCUUUAGCAAGGUCUCACCUGCGUUGGCUGCCGGCUGUACUAUGAUCGUCAAGCCUGCGGAACAAACACCACUCACUGCUCUCUACCAUGCCUUCUUAGCUAAGGAGGCAGGUAUUCCUGAUGGGGUAAUCAAUGUUGUCACUGGUUUUGGCUCCACAGCAGGAGCUUCCAUUGCUUCUCAUAUGGAUAUUGACAUGGUUAGCUUUACAGGAUCUACCGCAGUGGGGCGUAAAAUAAUGGAGACAGCAGCAAAAAGCAACUUGAAGCCUGUCUCGCUUGAAUUGGGCGGCAAGUCGCCUAUCAUUAUCUUCGAUGACGCUGAUAUAGACAUGGCUGUUGAUCUUGCACGCACCGCAACAUUCUACAAUAAGGGAGAAGCUUGUAUAGCCGGUUCUCGUGUCUAUGUUCAAGAGGGUAUCUAUGAUAAAUUCGUUACGAAGGUGACAGAGAGCAUGAAGAGUUGGGUAGUCGGAGACCCCUUUGAUCCCCAUGUUCAUCAAGGCCCUCAGGUUGAUAAAGCUCAAUUCGAGAAAGUCCUUAGCUACAUUGAGCAUGGUAAAAGAGAAGGGGCAACAUUGGUAACAGGAGGAAAGCCUUGUGGGGAGAAGGGCUACUACAUUGAGCCAGCAAUAUUUACUGAUGUGGAGGAGGAUAUGCUGAUAGCCAAGGAUGAAAUAUUUGGACCUGUAAUGUCCCUCAUGAAGUUCAAGACAAUCGAGGAGGCAAUAGAGAAAGCGAACAAUACGAAGUACGGAUUAGCUGCAGGGGUAGUGACAAAGGACUUAAACAUAGCGAACAGAAUGUCGAGAUCGAUUCGAGCUGGAAUCAUCUGGAUCAACUGCUACCUAAUUAUCGAUCGCGGCUGUCCUUUUGGCGGCUUUAAGAUGAGUGGGUUCGGAAAGGAUUCAGGCAUGCAUGCACUGGAGAAGUACCUCCAAGUGAAAUCUGUUAUCACUCCUAUCUUUGAUUCCCCUUGGUUGUAAAAGAAAGGAAAAAGAAUGAGAACAGAAAACAAUAAAUAAAGGGAGGAAACUUAUCUGUUAAUACUUAAUAAUCUCAAUGUUACUGUUACAUUUCUUCUCAUCUUGACCAAUACUAUGGUUAACAAUACAUUAUCAAUUUAUCAUGCUU